AUGACCUCAACUUAUCGUCCUAAUGAAAGUAAACGAGAAGAAUUCCGACGUUAUCUUGAAAAAGGUGGUGUGAUAGAUGCCAUCACCCGUGCUUUAGUUGCUUUGUACGAAGAAGCUGAAAAACCGAAUAAUGCAGCAGAAUUUGUUCGACGUUUUAUGGGUGCUGCUGGUCCAGAUUCUGCCGAAACAGAAAGUUUAAAAAAUGAAGUUAUGGUAUUAAAAGAAAAAUUGGAUGAGACAACGCGUGAAAAUGAAAUGUUAAAAGAACGAUUACAGAAAUAUGAAAAUAGUGAAAAGGGACAAUAG